GAAACACAGAAAUAAAAAAAUACAAAGAGAGAGAGAGAGAGAGAGAGAGAGAGAGAGAGAAUAAAGGGAGGCGUGAAGGUUUCUUGCUUGGUGUCCAAUUCAUAUAAAUGAGAUGGAGUGAGUUCUUGUGUUGAUUUGGUUUGAUAUCCGGUCGGAUCUUGCUUUCCAACUUGUGGGAUUUCUUGGUGGGGUUUUCCAUUGUUUUUUUUUUUACAUCCCCACCCCACCCUCUUUCAGAAUCCCACUAUAAAGAAAACAAGCAAAAACAAAAAUAAUACAAACCAACCCAACCCAGCCUCUCUCUCUCUCUCUCUCUCAGCACCAUCCAACCACCUCCUAUUCCUUCUUUUCUUCCUUCCUUUCCUCCUGCUAGCCCAAUUCCUGAUUCUUAAUUCAUUGUUCUUCUUCUUCUUGCUUUGGAGAUCAUGAGUGUUGCAACGGAGGCACAGUACCAUGUUCUAGCUGUGGAUGACAGCUUAAUUGACAGGAAACUCAUUGAGAGACUGCUUAAGACAUCAUCUUACCAAGUGACUACUGUGGAGUCUGGAAAUAAGGCUUUGGAGUUCUUGGGUUUGCAUGAUGAACCAAGGGAAAGUCCUUCUGUUUCUCCUAAUAAUGAAAUUGAAGUGAAUUUGAUAAUCACUGAUUAUUGUAUGCCUGGGAUGACUGGAUAUGAUUUGCUCAAGAGAGUCAAGGAAUCAUCUUCUCUGAAAGAUAUCCCAGUUGUUAUCAUGUCUUCUGAGAAUGUGCCUUCCAGGAUCAACAGAUGCUUAGAGGAAGGUGCAGAAGAGUUCUUUCUCAAACCAGUCCAGUUAUCUGACAUGAAAAGGCUUAGACCUCAUAUCCUCAAAGGGAAAAUGAAAGAACCACAGCAGCAGCAGCAACAACAACAAAAACAACCAGAACAACAAGAACUUGAACAACAACAACAACAACAACAGCAACAAGAACAACAACAUCAAACUUCAAGCAGCAACAAAAGAAAAGCCAUUGAUGAAGGGGUAUCUCAAGAAAGAACAAGGCCUAGAUUCUCUAAUGGCAAUAGUUUGACUGUGAUUUGAAUGGAGAAAAAAAAGCUUUAAUCUAAGAUGUGUCUGCUUAUACUGUAUGAGGGAUUAUAGAUGUUCUAGAGCUCUCAUUUUACUACUAUCUUUGUCUUCUUAUGUUUCAUUUAACCCCCCUUUUUUUUAAUAGAUAGAUGAUACCAGAGUAAUUCCAUUCCAA